AAAAUUAUCUGAGUAAUUCACGUACUCAUCUUCCCCAUUCGAUCCAGCCCAUAAAAAUUCCCCCUUUUUCCUUCGUUUUCUCGCUGUCAAGCUUACCUUCUCCACCACUAUCACUCCCGAUCUCUCUUCCUUCUUCUCAAUCGCUCUAAGGGUUCCUCUCUGACCCAAAACACUCCGAGAUCUCCGUCUCAGAUUCUCUGUGCCCUCUUCGAUUUUCCGACGAAAAUCAAAAUAAUGUCGGAAGGCUACGCGAUCGAGCUCUAUUUUGACCCAGCGCUCGAAAACCAAGUCUUGAAAGCUUGGAACGUCUUCGCUCGCCGUCAAAUCAGCACCAAAUUGAUCAACACCGAGUCUCGCCCACACAUAACCCUAUUCUCCACCUCCUUCGUCGACUCGGCCAAGCUCGAACCCAUCAUCAAGACCUUCGCUUCCAGGCAGGAGCCACUAUCGCUCUCUUUCUCAUCGAUCGGAAGCUUCUCCAGCGACAACAACGCACUCUUCCUCUCGCCGACGCCGUCGCUCUCGCUCCUCCAGCUACAGGUUCAGCUAUGCGACGCGAUUAAGAAAGAAGGUGUUGAGAUCGGCGAGGAGUAUCGUCUCGAUUCUUGGGUCCCGUUCUGUCCUGUGGCUCUUGAAGUGCCAAGGUCUCGUAUUGCUGAAGGGUUCUCUGUUUUGAGGGAUUUGAAGCUUCCCGUGAAUGGUUACGCCAUGGAUAUUGGUCUCGUUGAGUUUUCUCCAGUUCGUGAAGUCUUCUCUUUUGCUCUUGGUAACAAUUUGGAGUCUUGAUAACAUUUGUUUUGGCUAGUGUCUGUUCUCAGGUCCGAUGAUUUUUAGCUUAUUGGUUUUAUGUAAUGGUUUAGAAAGAUGAAUUGAAACAAUGGAUGUUGUUUUAAGAAUUGCUAUUUCACUGUGUACAAAAGCUCCGAGCAGGAAAUUUUCUCUCUUUCUCAGAGAUUUAGCUAUUGUCUUUCUGCUAUAAAAGAUUGAUGAUAUUAUUGUUCUGUAGA